UCAUCCAGUGCUCUUAUUAAAGUAUUUCAACUAAAAGCGGAAGAAUAUGUAUCACAAAAAACCUUCUGAAGUAUAAAGUACAAAAGAAUUUGAACCACAGAUGUUAUAUCACUUUUGAAAGAGGGUUGAAUUGAACCAAUAUUGAUUGUGUCACGGAAUACGUUUCGGUAAGAGUGUCUUAAACUGUCCGAAAGAUAAACAAGGUCUGCCCUGUUGAGAACCUGAAAAAUUUUGGGGCAACUUUCGUGAAGAGUAGAGGAAUCUCAAACAACCAAGACAACUGACUGCAACCAGUCUUUCCCUCUUGUUGUUCGAAAAACAUAAGAACUUGCCAGUUUUAGUCACUUAAGGAAGAUAUUGUUAUUGUAUAAGGGCAAAGCACAGAAAUUAUUUCUUUUUUAGCGAGCUGUGCGCUUUUACCAACGCAAUGAGUGAUCAAAAGAGAGAUUAAAAGUGGCCAAAAAAUACGUUUUAAUUUCUGCAGAGGUACGCACGCUUUUGAGGAUACAAAUAGAAAGUGACUUGAGUCUAACUGUUUAUGGCAUUCAUUCUUGAGAACAAAGGAACUCUGAAGAGUGCUCUCACGUAAUGGAAUCUGAUCAUUAAUUAGAAGAGCAGAGUAUAACAAUGCAUUCCCAUUUACUCGCAUUAUAUCGCGCUGUUAUCGUGUCCUUCACAACACUCUACAGCUGCGCUCGCACGAUUUGGGAAAAAAAAAAUGAGCAGCUUUACGACCAACGCUUCGGAUGAAGCUCAUAAUACCACAUCGAAAUCCCCGGUGGGACCUCAGGGAUAUUUGAACUUUUCUAAGGAAUUCACCGUAUUCAUAGUGACUGCUUUUAUUGUUAUCAUGGUGGCGGCGAUCAUUGGUAACACUCUGGUUUGCACCGCGACACUUUUCAGCCCAAGCUUGCGAAAAGCUACCACAAGUCUUUUUAUCGUAUCUCUGGCCGUGUCUGAUCUUCUUGCAGCCAUGUUAGUGGUUCCAUUCGACGUCUAUGUCAUUCUCAACAACGGGCUGUGGUUUCAUGGAGAAGCAGCCUGUAAACUUUGGACCACCACCUACCUGCUGACUGUUCCUGCCUCGAAUCUCACUCUGUUGGGCUUGAGUAUCGAUCGGUACCUCACCUUAAGCCAGCCUCUGAAACAGUUCCGCAGCGGAAAGGAAACGACUAGAAGUCGCAUCGUCGGCUGCAUGACAGCUCUGUGGGUGUACUCCCUCGGUUUCUCCAUUUUGCCUAUGACGGGUUGGACAUUCUGGCGUUUUAGGACGAAAAGCGUCAACGGUAGUAUAUGUUUCUUCAACGGUUCUCACCUAUACAACAUCUUAGUGUCUGUGCUGCACUUCAUUGUUCCUUCAUUGGCUAUGUGCGUGGUUUAUAUCAUGAUCUAUGGCCAGAUCCGUCGCCACACUAGAGCUGUUCGACCUAUUGAUUCCCCAGUGGCGCAUAACACCCAAGCAAACCUCCUGCUUCAAAGGAACAUCAGAGCAGCUAAGCGGAUUGCGGUGAUUGUAAGCGUUUUCUUACUGUGCUGGUUGCCUUACAGCAUCCUCAGCAUCAUUGGUAACCUGUGUCACGAAUGUCUCCUUAACAUACCGCAAGAAGCCUUCUACGUCACCCUCGUGACGGGCUACCUAAAUUCUGCUUUAAACCCUGUUCUUUACUCAUUCAACAACAGAAACUUUAUGGACUCUUACAGAAGAUUAUUCAGAGCGGUCAGACGUGGACUGGGCAGAGUAGGCAGUCUGAAAUAAGAGAUAUUUCUUAAUGAAGAAGGAUAGUUUAACUGGUUUUUUACUCAGUCUUUUUAAUUUUCAUUCAUAAGUGGAUUGCAAAGAAUUUGUUGAACAAAGUGAGAGAGAUAUUCCUCGAUCCAAAUGGAGGGUCAGGCGACUCUCUGAAUAGCAUUUUUCGUAUUCUCUCACCGGUUUUGAAAUAUCUGCGCGAUAAGUUGAAAGGUGUUGGUUCUUACUUCAAGAUUACCGUGCGGUAGGUAUACCCAUUGACAAGUAAGCAUCACAAACUUUUACUUAACAGCCUCUUGCGGCAAAUUAAAGGUCGCAUAUCACCUUAAAAGCAACGGAAGUAACGACUCCAUCUCCAACAAUAUUAAUAAAGAUAUACCUAUAUUGUUUCAUUGUUUCUUUCACGAAGAUUUUAGAAGAGAGCGCUCUGGGACUGACAAGAAAGAAAAUCACGUUAUCGAAAAAAAUUGUCUCGAUCACCUUGUAAAAAGGAGUGGAAACAGGAAUGACACAGAAUCUGCAAGCCAUGCAAAAUCUGUCCUGUAAUCGGCAUUGUUUAUAAAUACGUACUUACUCAUCAAUCGCCUGACUACACUCUAAGAUUGCAAUUAAAUGACACGGCUCUUUUUUCCGAGGAGCCAAAUAGACAACAAGCGUAUGUUCGUGUACUUUGUAAGAUAUUUUUUUUUUCUUUUUUUUUCAUAAGAAGUAUUCUUUUAGGAAUGGUACACUGUAACAAAAGGUUGAACUUGUCUUUAAUAUUUCAUUGACAAACAGUGUAAAGACGUGUGUUAGUUUUGAUAUUGGACCCAACAUUCCCAUAUUUAUCGUAAAACAUGAAGUCAUUUUCAAAAAGUGACACAAACAUAUUUUAUUUAAAGUGUAUGAGUGUAAGAACCUUAGCUUUUAGGCUAGAAUUAUCUCUAAAAUAUGUAAAAAAAACUUAGAAAUGUCUGGUUGUCAAGGAUAGAUUGUCCAGUUCCGAGUCUGUUUGCGUUUAAUAAAAAUAAUUGCAACUGGA